CGAUGGGCACCGCAUACUCCAAACCCGCAGUCGCUCCCAGCGAGAAACAUCCUUCCCCACUGCUCUACAUCGACAACGAUGUCACGGAAUCUGAAUCCCCACCACCCUACCACCCUGAAGACCCCGCACCAGAGAGAGAACACACUUCAACCCUCACCCUCUCGACCGUGAAAUCCUGGACCGAUUCCCUCCUCCGCGACCCCAAGAACCGCCUCGCAAUCACCACCCUCAACUCCCAACCCUACCCCGCCGUCCUCACCAACCCCACCACUCCAACCACCGCCCUCCACAUCUUCAACCUCACCAUCCCCAAUGAAGGCGCCCCGAUCACCAACCAACACUCCUCCGGCCGGUGCUGGCUCUUCGCCUCCACCAACAUCUUCCGCCUCCCGCUCAUGCAAACCUACAACCUGAAGGACUUCCAGCUCAGCCAAGCCUACCUCUUCUACUGGGACAAACUCGAGAAAGCGAACUACUUCCUCGAGCAGAUCCUACAGACUGCACAGCUCGACAUCUCGGACCGGCUGGUGCAGAAACUCCUCGCAGAUCCGGUCACGGAUGGCGGGCAGUGGGAUAUGGUAGUCAAUCUGGUGAGGAAGUACGGGCUUGUUCCGGGGGCGGUGUAUCCGGAUAAUUACCAUGCGAAGAAUAGUGCGAAGAUGAAUGGGUUGGUGACGGCUAAGUUACGGGAGCAGGGGUUGAUUCUGCGGCGGCUGGUUCGGGAGCAGGGUGGGAAAGGGGUGGCGGGGCGGAAGGAGGAGUUUUUGCAGGAAAUUCACGCGCUGGUGACCAUUCUGCUGGGACCGGCGCCUCGGCCGGAUGAGGAGUUUGUGUGGCAGUUUUAUGAUGCAGACCACAAGGCGAGGAGGGUGAGGGUUUCGCCGAGGGAGUUUGCGAAAGGCGUCAACACGGAGACGGCGGUGAGGCGCCGCGCGGGGAGGGGAUUGGGGAGUGUGGCGCCGGCGAGGUGGUUUAGUCUCGUGAAUGAUCCCCGGAAUGAGUAUAUGCGGUUGUUGACGGUGGAGAGGUUGGGGAAUGUCGUUGAGGGACGGGCGUUGCGAUAUGUGAAUGUCGAGAUGAAGGUGCUGAAAACUGCGGUGAUUGCUAUGCUCCGAGCCGGCCAGCCCGUCUUCUUCGGCUGCGAUGUGGGCAAGUUCUCCGACACUGCCCGCGGGGUCAUGGAUGCGGACCUGACGGAGCUCUCGCUUGCGUUUAAUGUCACGCUGGGCAUGACCAAGGCGGAGAGACUGGCUAGCGGCGAGUCGGCCAUGACGCAUGCGAUGGUCAUCACGGGGGUGCACAUCGAGGAGGGUCGCCCGGUGCGGUGGCGCGUGGAGAACUCGUGGGGCGAGGCGGCCGGGGACAAGGGCUGGUUUGUGAUGAUGGAUCGGUGGAUGGACGAGUAUACCUUCCAGGCGGUGGUGGAUGUCGAGUUUGUGUCGGCGGAAGUGCGGGCGGUCUUGGACCAGGAGCCAAAGGUGUUGCCCCGAUGGGAUCCUUUAGGGGUUCUCGCUUAGUUGC